CUCCGCUUCAUCACGGGGACCGCGCUGUUUGACGGUCACGAUGCCUCGAUCCACGUAUUCCGACGGUUGUUGCAGCGGGGUGGCGCCGAAGUAGUUCACCUUGGGCACAACCGAGCCGCCGGGGAAAUAGCCGCCGCGGCGCUCGAGGAGGAUGCGGACGCCAUCGCCGUGUCCUCCUACCAGGGGGGGCACAACGAGUUCUUCCGCUAUCUGGUUGAUCUGUUGCGGGAGGCGGGACGAGGCGACAUCCGGGUCUUCGGUGGCGGUGGGGGAGUGAUCCGGCCCGAAGAAGGGGCUGCCCUCGAGGCGUACGGGGUGGCGCGGAUCUACUCCCCUGGGGACGAUCGGGUGGACGGCAUCGAAGGCAUCGUGGCCGACAUUGCCGCCCGUCCGCGGGCCUCCUUCGAUUCGCUCAGCGAGGAUCUCGCGGGUGAGGAUCCGCUUCGCCGGAACGGCGCCGCUGCCCGGCUGAUCAGUUUGGCGGAGAGUGAGGGGCUUGACGCCGCCGACCGAGCCGCGCUCUCGGAGCACAUUCGGUCGUCCGCUCCCGUACUGGGGAUCACCGGGACGGGAGGAGCGGGAAAGAGUUCGGUCCUCGACGAAUUACUCGUCAGAUUCCGGACUGAACGACCGGAUCUGGGCUCGGGGUCGGUGAGCCGGAUCGGCGUGCUCGCGGUGGACCCUUCGAAGCGGCGAACCGGCGGUGCAUUACUGGGAGACCGCAUUCGGCUCAACGCGAUCGGGGGUACGGAGGUGUUCGUCCGGAGUCUGGCUACCCGCCACUCGGGGACGGAACUCGCCAACGUCGUGGACGAUGCGCUGCUGAUUCUGCGGGCGGCGGGCUGCGGUCUGCUGGUCGUCGAAACCGGGGGAAUCGGGCAGGGCGAUUCGCGAAUCGUGGAUAUCAGCGAUUUCUCCCUCUACGUGAUGACCUCCGACUACGGCGCCGAGAGUCAGCUCGAAAAGAUCGACAUGCUGGACCUGGCGGACGCGGUGGCGCUGAACAAGGCCGAUCAUCCGGGCGCCGAGGAUGCGCUUUUCGCGGUGCGGCGCGCCUUCCAGCGGGCUCGCUCACUUCCACGCCACGCCCCGGCGCCCGUUCUGCCGACGGUGGCGAGCCGGUUUGCGGACCCCGGUCUCGACCGGCUCUACGCCGUCGUCCGCGACGGACUGGCCGGAAGAGAGACGGCGCUGCCGUCUCCGGUCAGUGAUCGCCCCGACGACCUGCUCGCCGACGUACGCCUCAUCCCGCCGGCGCGGGCCGGCUACCUGGCCGAGAUUGCCGAUACGCUUCGAGGCGAGAGGAACCGGGUUGCCGCCGAGGCGGAUCGGGCUGCGAGAAUCGAGCAUCUCGAGGCGGCACUCGAUGAACUGCGCGCCGGCGGUGGCGCCGAGGAGGCCGCGCGGGCCUUGGAGGCACGCCUUCGGGACGUCCGCGCCGAACUCGACGCCGGGAGCCGGGAGCUGCUGGCAGGGUGGUCCGAUCUGGUGGCUCGCUAUCGGGCGCCGCGGUACCGAACUCAGGUUCGGGAUCGGGUGCGCGAGUUCAGUACCCACCGGGAAACGCUCUCCGGAACCUGGCUUCCGCGGGUAGCUCUUCCGGGCUUUACGGGCAAUCGGGACAGGUUGCGCUUCCUUCUCGAAGAGAACCUGCCGGGCCACUACCCGUUCACCGCCGAGUUCUUCCCGUUCCGAAGAGAGGAAGAGAGUCCGCGGCGUCAAUUCGCCGGGGAAGGCGGCCCGGCGCGCACCAACCGGAGGUUCCACCUGCUCGCCGAUUCCGAAGCGGCCACGCGGCUCUCGGUCGCCUUCGACAGCGUGACCCUCUACGGAGACGAUCCGGCCCGGCGGCCGGACAUCUUCGGGAAAAUCGGCGAAGGGGGCGUGUCCAUCGCCACCCUCGACGACAUGUGCGAACUGUUCCGGGGGUUCCGCCUCACCGAUCCGGCGACCAGCGUUUCCAUGACCAUCAACGGUCCGGCGCCGCUGAUCCUCGCAAUGUUCCUGAACGCCGCCGUCCGGCAGGAGGUUCAGGCCUUCGAGGACGAGCACGAACGCCCGCCUUCCGCGGACGAGUACCGAGAACUGAAAACCGCGACCCUGCAGACGGUGCGCGGGACGGUGCAGGCCGACAUCCUCAAGGAGGACCAGGCUCAAAACACCUGCAUCUUUUCCACCGCCUUCGCGCUUCGGCUGAUGGGCGACGUCCAGGAGUUCUUCAUCCGGAACGAGGUCCGCAACUUCUAUUCGGUUUCCAUUUCGGGGUACCACAUCGCCGAGGCGGGGGCGAACCCGAUCACGCAGCUCGCCUUCACCCUGGCCAACGGCUUCACCUACGUCGAGUACUACCUCGCCCGGGGUCUGCCGGUCGACGCCUUCGCGCCGAACCUUUCCUUCUUCUUCAGCAACGGUCUCGAUCCCGAGUACGCCGUCAUGGCCCGCGUGGCCCGGCGGAUCUGGGCGCGCGCCAUGAAGCUCCGCUACGGCGCCGGAGAGCGGAGCCAGAAAUUCAAGGUCCACAUCCAGACUUCGGGCCGUUCGCUCCAUGCCCAGGAGGUGCAGUUCAACGACAUCCGGACGACGCUGCAGGCGCUCGUCGCGACGAACGACAACUGCAACUCGCUGCAUACCAACGCCUACGACGAGGCCAUCACUACUCCUACUCCGGAAUCGGUGCGACGGGCGGUGGCCAUCCAGAAAAUCAUCCGCAACGAGUUCGGCAUGGCCUGGAACGAGAAUCCCUUGUCGGGUUCGUUCGUCGUCGCUCAGCUCACGGAUCUCGUGGAGGAAGCGGUACUCGCCGAAUUCGAUCGUCUCAAUGCUCGUGGCGGCGUGUUGGCGGCGAUGGAGCGCCAGUACCAGCGAAACCGGAUCCAGGAAGAGUCGCUCUUGUAUGAGACCCGGAAAGACUCCGGCGAGAUUCCGAUCAUCGGAGUGAACACCUUCCUGGCGGCGCCGGAUUCCGGGUCUCCCGAAUCGGUUCCGCUCGCGCGCUCCACCCCGGAGGCAAAAGAGGACCAGGUGGCGCGGGUGGAGGCGUUUCGGCGACGCCACCGGGCGGCGGCGCCGGAAGCGCUCCGGAGGCUCCAGGAAGUGGCGCGUGCCGGCGGCAAUGUCUUCGCUGAACUGAUGGAGACCGUACAGGUCGCGAGCCUCGGGCAGAUCACACAAGCGCUCUACGAGGUCGGCGGUCGCUACCGCCGGGCGAUGUGA